AUGUAUAUUCCUGCAGGAGAGGGAGAGAGAGAGAGAGAGAGAGAGAGAGAGAGAUCAGGACACGGGCAGAGGCAGAGGGAAUCCGCACCCUUUCCAGAGUGAUUACAGAAAGUGCGUGUGUGCCCGUCUUCUCCGUUGUGCGCCUCCGCGGACUUGCGCGUAAAGACAAUCAAUGAAGGAGAGAAGAUCUAUACAGAAACUGUCCCUUCAGCCCGGUAUGGAUCCGAGUCAGAGCCUCAAAUGCAAGAUCGUGGUCGUGGGGGACAGUCAGUGUGGGAAAACCGCUCUUCUCCACGUUUUUGCCAAGGACUGUUUCCCAGAGAAUUAUGUACCCACUGUGUUUGAGAAUUACACAGCAAGUUUUGAGAUUGACAAGCAAAGAAUAGAGCUCAGCCUGUGGGACACCUCAGGCUCCCCGUAUUAUGACAAUGUCAGGCCGCUUUCAUAUCCAGACUCCGAUGCCGUCAUCAUAUGCUUUGACAUCAGCCGACCAGAGACCCUGGACAGCGUCCUAAAGAAGUGGAAAGGGGAGAUCCAGGAAUUCUGUCCCAACACAAAGAUGCUGCUCGUCGGAUGCAAGUCAGACCUUAGAACGGACCUCACGACUUUAGUGGAGCUGUCCAAUCACAGGCAGACACCGGUGUCGUAUGAUCAGGGUUCAGCUAUGGCUAAGCAGAUAUCCGCACCUUACAUCGAAUGCUCUGCAGUGCAGUCAGAAAACAGCGUGCGGGACAUUUUCCAUGUGGCAACGUUGGCUUGCGUAAAUAAGAACAACAAAAACAUCAAGCGCAACAAAUCGUCACGCUCCACCAAACGCAUCUCGCAUAUGCCCAGUCGACCAGACCUAGCUGCCGUCGCAACAGACCUACGCAAAGACAAAGCGAAGAGUUGCACAGUAAUGUAAUGAAAGGCGUUCUGGGGGAAAGAUUCAUUCUGGGAAACGGUGAGGGCGGACUGUGGAAGCAAGGAAGCAAAAGUGGAGAGCGGGAGUGUUUGCACGAUGUCCCUGAAGGUCUCUCCAGUUUGAGGGUUCCAAUUCUUGUUGCCAGAACUUGGCUAGCUUGUGGACGUAAACCCAUAUAACGUCCCCAACCACCUCUCCUAAAACUUAGCCACUCAGCAGGAGGAUGUCACCACCCUCUCAGCCAAUAAGAGGCCUUCCUUCCUGCUCCUGGACGUGAAGCUGCUUCCUCUCUAGAGGACUCCUUCUGAAAGCUUCUCCUGCAGGAAAGGAAGGAGGAAGUAGAAUCACAGAACCAUUGAGUCCAGAGUUCCGCUGAGCUUUGGCUUGCAGUUAUUUUUAAAAGAUGCACGUUUCGGUUGGCAUUAACAGUCACAUGGCGGAACAGCGAAGGGGAAGAUGACUUCCAAAAUGGCGAAAUUUCGGAUAAAGACAACUCUCGCUUCUUUCUUUUUCGAGUCCGUACAGCUAAACGAGGAUAUGAAACGAGAGCGUAUCACUGUGGCUACGGAUCACUUCCUCCUUCAAUCCUCCUCUUGUCUGUUUUGUUCCUUCUGUAGACCAAGAGCACGAGUUCGUGUGUGUGCGUGGUUUUCGUUUUUUCUUAUGCUAAGCUCAGCUAAAACUGUCACCAUGGAUACGCCGCUGGUAUAUUUGAACUCGCACCGUUUUCUGCAGAACUCCUCAUAAUCACAUUACGGCUCAUUAGGAUUCAGAAAAAGAAAAACCAAAGAACUGGAAGGUUUUCAAGUCGGAUGACUCAAUGUUUGAAUUUCUGAAGUGCAUGAUGGAUGUGUAUUUGAGUGCUUUCGGUGGAUCAAUGACAAUUUCUUUCACGGUUCUGUAAGAACAUGGUUCCGCUUCUCUUUAUAGACCAGGUAUAUGGAAGUGCAAAUACGACCUUUGAGAAUUGACCUAACCAUUUAGUAUUCAUCUGCAUUGGGUUUAUCCCUGAAGGGGCAUUCACACUGACAGCCAUUUGCAGUGACAAAGCAUCUGGAAGUCAUUAAUUUGCAAUGAGGGUUGGUGAUUUGAGGCCUGACUGCUUAGAGUUCAACUUUAUAUUAGAAACCAAUAGUAUAACGACUCGAGUUGGUAAUUUCUGUCAGUGUGAAUGCUGCGUUAGAAUAACAUCACUAUUGCCGUAACAAAUAAUAUUAACACUAUUAAAAUAGCACAAAACCAGCUUUUUAUUGUAAAGCGUCUUUAUCAGUAAAAUGUUACAUGAACAUUUGUGCCUUUUCUUACAUCUGUGAAAUUUUGUUUCGGCACAAUUGUUGAAAUAAUAACCGAUCAAAUUCAAGGUCAUAUUAAAUCUGCACUUCUGUCUGCCCAGUCAAGGAAAAAAAAAAAGGUUUUCAAAAAACAUUCUCUCCUCUCUCUACUAAACUAUGCAGUCAGCUUCUGAACACAUGCGAGAGGAUUGCCAAAAAUGACUAAUGGACAUUCUUUCUCUUUCAAAACAACAAAAAAAAAAACAUUGGUUGCGACUCAGUGUAUUGCCUUGCAGAGCCGUGGAAAAAAACAAAUGCGUCUCACCUUUUGUAGUGCUAAAAGUUUCUCAAAACAAAUCUUCAGAAGUUUGAAGCUAGCUGCAAAGUCUCUUUUGCUGCAUGUUUGUAGUUGCACUUUUCGUUAAAACUUGCGCAAAACAAACAAAAACAGUCUUUUUUACAUUCGUUUUUAACGGGUCCGAGAGCAUUUCCUCGAUUUGUUUUCCCAUAGGCAGUAUUAAACAGUUUUGGUGUGUGUAAAUGUUCAGAAAUGUGUAGUUGCUGUUAAAAAACAAA